AUGGCUCCAUCAAACGACAUCUAUCGCAAGGUCGAGUGGAAUGGGAAGCAAGUCCCAGUCUACCCCAUGGAGACUAUCGACUUCUCUGCGCUCUUAUCUCAGGAGCCUGCGGAGCUGGAAAAGCUUCUUAAGUGCUGCAAAGAAGAAGGCUUCUUCUACUUGGACCUGAACAACGUUGACGGACGCCGAUUCCUUGAUGACCACCAGGAGCUUUUGAAGCUCAUGCACAGGUUCUUCGAAGCUCCGAUUGAAGUGAAGAACGAGUAUGGACUUAUCUCCCCCCAUCUCGGCUAUGAGCCCAUCGGCUCCCGCAACGGCGUCCUCGAAGACACACGCGACGGCUACGAAAUGGUCAAAGUCUCUCGCGACGAGAUCCAACGCGAAUCCCCUCACAUUCCACGCAACAUCAAAAACAGCACCGACCUGAAAACCCUCGAGAACUCCAUCUCCGGUAGCAACAUCAUCGGAAAAGUCAUCUUGGCCGCCCUCUCCACCGCGUUCGGUCUCACAGGCUCAUCACGCUUCGAAAACUCGCACCGCAACCACCGUCCCUCGACUAGCACUCUGGCUAUGAUGCACUACAUCCCGUCCAAUCCCUCCAAAGACGGGAAUGUCGGCCACCAAAAACAUACUGACAUCAGUUCCCUCACCGUCCUCUUCACCGAGCAGUGGGGUCUCCAAAUCCGACCACCCGGUACCAAGGAAUUCGGCUUUGUAGAGCCCAAACAGGGCCAGGCUAUCAUCAACGUAGGCGACUCCCUGCGCUUCGCCAGCGGUCACACGUUCCAAUCGUGUAUUCACCGCGUUGUGCCAUAUGACUAUAGUGAGCAUAGGUAUUCUGUUGCGUACUUUCUGCGGGCUGAGGAUGAGACUAUGUUUCAGGAUAGUGAGGGGAGGUAUGUUACUUCGCGGCAGUGGCAUGACGAGAAGUUUUUGGCAUUCUUGGGGUCGCCAGCUGAUCAGGCGGCUGCGCCAAGGUCGUUGUUGUUGGGGGGGAUGGAGGAGGGUAAGGAUGAUGUGUAUGGGGCGCCGAGGAAGCUGGCUGUUGUUGAGGGUGGGGUGAAAGAUGCUGUUGAGGUGGCUACGGUUGAGGUGAGCGCUUAG